AUGGAGAAGAAUCAAAGUUACAACUGCUUGGUGGGUUUCUCCCAGCCAGCCAGGUCUUUAGACAAACUGUACAACUUUGCCGAGUGUGCGGGCCUGCAGCUGAUCCUGGGGCUGAACGCUCUACACCGCAACCCCGACAACUCCUGGAACUCCUCGUCCUCCCUCAGCCUGCUCAAGUACAGCGCCGGCAAGAAGUACAACAUCUCCUGGGAGUUAGGCAACGAGCCCAACGCCUACCGCGGCAUGGCGGGCCGCUCGGUGAACAGCAGCCAGCUGGGGACGGACUACAGCGUCCUGCGCACCCUGCUGCAGUCGGUCCGCUACUACCAGCGGGCCCAGCUCUAUGGCCCCAACGCCGGGCGCCCCCGCAAGAACGCCAUCGUGCUGCUGGACACGUUCAUGAAGAACGCUGGUUCCGUGGUAGACGCGGUUACGUGGCAACAUUAUUACAUGGAUGGAAGAGUCAGGAAAGUGGAGGACUUUCUGAAGACCCGCUUGCUGGACACGCUCAGCGAGCAGAUCAACAAAGUCUUCAAGGUGGUCCACUCCCACGCGCCCGGGAAGAAGGUGUGGCUAGGCGGCGUGGGGCCGGCCUGGGCAGCGGGCACCAACAACCUAUCGGACACGUACGCCGCGGGCUUCCUAUGGCUGAACACGCUCGGCAUGGCGGCGGCGCAGGGGGUCGACGUCGUCCUGCGCCACUCGCUCUUCGACUACGGCUACACGCAUCUGGUGGACCAGCACUUCAACCCUCUGCCCGACUACUGGCUGUCGCUGGUCUUCAAGCGUCUGGUGGGCCCCAGGGUGCUGGCGGUACGCGUGGCCGGACUGCAGAGGAAGCCGCGGCCGGGGAGGGUGAUCCGAGACAAGCUGCGCAUCUACGCUCACUGCACCAGCUCAUCCAACCAUAAUUAUGUGAAAGGGUCCAUUACGAUCUACAUCAUCAACCUGCAUCGGUCGCGAAAGAAAAUCAAGCUGGCCGGCACCUUACGGAACAAGACGGUGCAUCAGUAUCUGUUCCAGCCCUACGGGGCCGACGGACUACACGCCAAGUACAUCCAGCUGAACGGGCAGAAGCUGGUCAUGUUGGACGACGGGGCGUUUCCGGAGCUGUCUCCGGUGGCUCUUCGGGCCGGCAGGACGGUGGUCAUGCCCCCCAUGUCCAUAGGCUUCUACGUCAUCAAGAACAUCAACGCCUACGCCUGCCGGAGAUAGUGUUCAGCCGUCCCUUCAUUUUCAAUAUGAGCCGGUCCAACAUACAUUCAUCCACCCUAAUCCCUUCUAUACAUUCCCACUAGGUGGCCCUAUCCCAUAAUACUACCACUGAACACGUGGGAAAUCACCCAGUUCAAUGGUGUUAGCUACAUAUUUAUUAUAUUUGAACCAAAAAGCACUCCUAAUAUAACACAUGUACAUCUCUGUAUUCUCUCUCUGUCUACACAUUGUUUUUUACUAAGUAGAAAUGACCCGUCUAUGUAUGAUGUUUAAUGAAACACUCGCCCUUCACGCAGAAUAAGGGUUGCACUGAACUGUUUAAAUUGCUUUCCCUAGCAUUACCUUCUAUGCAAGACUUGUUUUUUCUGUUGUUUGGUGUCUCGUUCUUAAGUCAGUGUCAAAGCAAACCACAUAGUUAUAUUAUUAUGAGUUUAGCUAAGGAAGCUACAUAUUCGAUUCUAAAACAAAUAUGAGAUAUAUUUCUGCAAAUGUCAUCAGAAUAUUUUUUCAUAUAAUUGUUUUCAAUACAAAAACAUGUUUGUGUGCAUGUUCUUG